AACAUAGCACAUUGUGCUGCCUGGUCGAUCAGAGUGUUGGUGUCAGUGUGUGACAGAAAUAUUGGCCAUGGCUGAGAACGUGGACGUUUCAGCAGAAACUCUGACCAGUGCUUUGACUCUGCUGGUCAACCAGAGCAAAGUUCUCCUGCAGACCGCCAAACAGGAAGCAGCAGUCUCCCUGGAGAAUCUGGUUCCACAGAAAAUCAGCAAUUUGUUUGGCCUGAUGGCGGUAGGAACAGACUUUUACACCAGCAUCGGUGUGAAGAAGAAGAGUGACGCAGAAGCUCUCUGGCAGAAGUUUUAUCACCACGCUGCAGUGAGAGAGCAGGUGGACGAGCUGCUGGAGCUGGAGACGGAGUGGGACUCCUUCCUGGAGAACGUGGACACAGGUCUGCAGACGACACACACAGGAACCAGGAUGGGGGACAGUCUGAGUCCUGACACCAGGUUCACUGAUGUCCGCAGUGGAAAGGGCGUGACCCUGGGUCAGUACCUGGGUCGGGGUCAGAAGCUGCUGCUGGUCCUGCUCAGACAUUUUGGAUGACUGCCCUGACGAGACCACGUGGCCGAGCUGGAGGUCAGAAAGGCUGACUUCGAGGCUCGGUCUCUGCGGGUCUUGGUGGUUUGUUUCGGGCGUCGGGAAGGAGCUGAGCUGUGGCUGCAGCAGACUGGCUGCAGCUUCGACAUGCUGCUGGAUCCACAGAGCCAGACCUACAGGACGUUGGGUCUCGGCUCGUCUUACGCCAAAGUGAUUAAGUUCAGUUUCCUACUGAACUACUCCGAGUACAAAACUGUGGGCGUGGACUUCCCUGACUUCCCAUCUGACCUGCAGGGGGACAUCUACCAGAUGGGUGGGAACUUUGUGCUGGAUGAAGCGGGGAAGGUGCUCCUCUCUCAUCCGUCCAAAACGCCGUUAGACAGGCCGACCGUGGACGACGUCCUGGAAGCUGUGGACGCCGCAGACUCCAGGUCGUUAUGAGGUGACUGUGAAGGAGACGCUGACCUCGCUGACACCACAGAAGAAGAAAGGGCUGCGUCUUCGUCCCGCGUUUAAUGACGUCACGCCUCUCGCUCGUGACUCCACGAUGAGGUGUGACCGAUGUUGGAAAAACGUGCAGCGAAGACCACCGAUCGUCUUCACGGUGUCACCGGGGUCAAGUCACGGUGACCUUUUUAUAAAUGACAUCAUUACGAAGUUAAAAUUCAAUUAUACUGUAGGUCUUUUCUUCUUUUCUUCUUCUUCUCAUUUCUUCAUCUUUUUAGGCUUUAGUUUGAUGCUAAGCUAGUCGAGCUAACUCUCGUCUCACUCCAACAGAACUUCAGUGCUUUUGUUUUCAAACUAACAUUUUUGGUCUUUGAAAAAGUCAGUUUGCAGCUGAUGGAACAGGAAGUGACAAACACUCGUCUACUUUUACCUCAGAUUUAUUUUAAAAAACAACAUUUACACUCGAGGUUUUAUGUACAUUACAAAUCUUUCAUUAUAUUUAUAUAUAUUUCUGUGUGAUGGAAAUAUACUAUUCUAUGCUAUAUUGUGUAUUUCCAUUGUGCGAGACUUCAGGGAUUAUGAACACCAACCUCCUCAGCUGUGAGACCGACAACUGAAUUUCACUUUUAUAAAAUCAUCAUCAUCAUCAUUAUUAUUAUUAUUAUUAUUUUUAUUAUUUGUGAUUUGGAAAUGUUUUUGCAAAUAUAAAGAAAUGUAACAUUC